ACCAAAUAAAUCCACAGACGCCACCUUGGGGCGUGUAAAACCGAGCCUUACUAUGUACUCCAAGAAAUACAUCACUGUGGCCUUUAUACUGCUGUCUUUGAGCAGAAAAACAAGCGGCACAGCUUGUCCUACUACAGCGGGAGAAACCUGGCAUUUGGAGGCCACCCAAUGUUACGUUAAAGUGGAGCAAUCGAAGAAUUUUCAAGACGCUGAGGACUGGUGCCAAACGCAGAGUGGUGCUCAUCUUGUUGGAAUUGAAGAAGUGGAUGAAAACACCUUCCUGUCCAGCUUGCUCACUGUUGGAGGUUCGUCGUCCAUCAAGUAUUGGAUAGGUCUUCACAAGAACAGUAGUCAGUGGGUAUGGCUGGACGGUACCAACAGUACCUACGAUAACUGGGACAUGACGUCAGUACCCAGCGAGCCAGACGGGAGUGGAGACUGUGUCGUGAUGGCGGGGGGAAGCUUCUGGCAGGAUAUUGACUGCUCCACGGUCACCAACGGAUUCAUUUGUGAAACAGUGGGAGUCUGUCCCAGUGUCCCAACAUUCAGUCACGCCGCCCAUAACAGCACGUCAGUGAUCGUGGGGUCAGCCGUGGGGUAUGUGUGUAACCCUGGGUACAUCUUCAGUGCCGGGGUGACGUCUCAAAUAUCUGUGUGCCAGGAUUCGGGCACUUGGCUCCCAGUCAUUGCCGACUGCAUAGAGAUGAACUGCACCGCCCCUCCUGCAGUAAGCCACGCCUCCAUCCAACCCUACACGUCAGUCAUCGUGGGUUCCAUAGUAACAUAUGACUGUGACACGGGUUACCAGUUCUCUCUCGGUGUAGAAUCCAUGUCCAUUGCUUGUAAUGAAAGUGUUCUGUGGAAUGACACCCUCCCUGCGUGUUCAUUAAAAAGUUGCCCUACGCCGCAGACCAUACAGCGGGGCAGUCAAGGGACCACAGAUGGCCUUGUCUUCUCUACCCUACAGUAUACCUGUGACAUAGGCUACGAGUUCACCAACAAUGAGACCACAAUGACAGUCGCCUGUAACACCAGCGCCCUCUGGAAUGAGACGCUGUCGGACUGCCGCAUUAAAGACUGUGUGGCCGUCCCGGUGAUAGCAAAUGGCUGGUCCUGGAGCAAUCCCAGCACCACGUAUGGCUCAAGCGUACGGUUUGGUUGUAACUUUGGGUACACCUUCUCAACUGGAGACUACUACUUCUACACCCAGUGUGAUAAUACAAAACAAUGGACGCCUGCAGUACCAGCUUGUAUAACUAUUGGAUGCACCACGCCCCCUCUGGUGACCGACGCCUACAUGAACUACACUAGCACUGGGUUAGGAGACCAGGUGAACUACACGUGCUUGGCUGGGUAUGUGUUCCCGGAUGAAAAUACCACCAAGUCUGCAGUGUGUAUUGGGAAUGGGCUGUGGGAUCCCGUCGUCCCAUCUUGUGAAAAGAAAUAUGUGCAGUGUCCAAGCAUCAUGCCAAUGUCCCACGUCACAGUGGAAGGGAAUGGCACCAUAGCCUACUCACAGGUGACACUGACAUGUGAUGAUGGGUACAGGUUCCCCAAUGAUACCAACGCAGUCACAGGGUUAAAAGUGCAGGAGAUACAGUGCCUUUAUGGGCAGUGGAACGGCACUUUAAUGGCUUGUCAAAUCCUGUCAUGUGGUACUGUGCCAGUGUAUAAUAAUAUGAGUGUGGUAGCCAGUGGACAGCUAUAUGGAGACACAGCCACAUACACAUGUCAGACCAAUGGUACCAUGUUCCCAGAUGGUAGCACAGAGAGAACUGUUAGAUGUGUAGAUAGAGGAUGGAGCCCCAGCAGUUUGCCAAACUGUCAAGGUACACAAACAACUGUGUCAGUAAAGGCGCCAGUCAUAGUACCAGUGGAGGCUGCAGUGGAAGUAGUUGUUGCCACGGCAACUGUUCCCAUGGCACUGGUUGGGGGCAUGCUUGGCCUAAUGGUUUUCUUGGACCUUGCAACAAUAGGAAAACACUUAGCAAAAAUGAAAGAAAACCUGAUGCAUUUCAAGUACAGGUUAAACAAUGAAACUCCUCCUGUCAAGAAGAAAAAGAAGAAGGAAGAAGUAGCAGUUGUGUGUAAACAUUGUAAAGAAGAAGGGCACAAAAGCCGUGAUUGCCCUAUCUGCAAGUAUUGUAAAUCUACAGAGCACUCCCACAAGGAUUGUUAUUUAUUGAAGACUUACUGUGAUAACUGUGGCUACCAUGGACACACCCCUGAUGAAUGUGACGACUCUGAUGUAGAGAGGAUCAAGGAGGAGGACGAGGAGGAGGAGGAAGAGUAUGAUGACCAGAAGGUCAAACGCAAGGGAAAACGCAAAAAGAGUUUUGACAGUGGUAUCAUCCAUGACUGGGCUGAAUGGGAUGGCCUGAUGGCCGUCAGAGACAUGGCUGUGGCGUGCGAGUUGCCAGAAUUGCCGCGAGAUGACUUCAAAUUCAGACGAGCCUUAAGCUGCCCACCAAGAAUGAAAAAGAUUACUCAUCAAGAAUUGAUGACCACCACAAUGGUAGUGGACACCAGCUUUGUCCCCAUUCCUGGGCCAAAGGACGACUACCGUCCAGUAUUCUCACCAACUGAAAGAGCUCGGAAUGUACAGCCAGCUUGGCAGGAAUAUUUGCGAUGGGAUGUGGACUGCCAAAUCCUGACCCCAGCACACACCCCUCUGCCAGAAGAGAUAAGGGUGCCCACCCCUGUAUACAGGUCUGUCAUGACCCCAACUGCUGUACCUCACACACUGAACACACAGAGGCAGAAUUUAGAUAGGACACUUUUUUCAAGUGGUGAUACUCCUAUUCCAAUGGAUAUAGCUGAAAUGAAAAUCCACAAGGAAAUUGUAUCUAGCCCAAUAAAAGAGGUCACUGUACCUCUGUCACAGUCUGUAAAAGAACCACCUGCCACAGAAGAAGUGUCUGUUGAUCUCUCAGAGAAACUGGCUCCAAGUGCCACCACCAGGGUACACAACAUGAUGUUCAGUCCUGGAGAAACACCAGUGCCACAACACAUGGCAGAGAUAAUACUAGAGCGAAAACAGUCAUCACCCUACUUGGAAGGAUUUCCACUGCAAACUAUGCCAGAGGAUGACAAUCUCAGUACAAUGACUGAUUCUACCAUCGGAAUUGAUGAAAUUGAAGAAGAACUAAUGAAGCUUGCAGAGGAUGAGUUGGAAGAAAUGAACAGAGUUUGCAGUCAGGCCAAAAAGUCCCAAAUUAGCAGACAUGAACAGCAAAAUGAAAAACCUCAGAAGGAGGCCGGGUCAUCAAAAGAAACCAAAAAUACAGCCACACCAUCAUCUGUCAUUUUUGAAGAUCAGAAGGUAAGACCACUGCUGAGCCCAAGUACAUCUCCAGUGCCCCCACCUAGAAGCAAGAGAGAGAUCAAGUCCUCUGCCGCAAAAUGGACUCCAGCAGAUAGAGACAAGCCUGUUUUUACACCUCUUGCUGAUGUUGAUCCUUCUCAAACUAUAAAGAUAAAAAGUAUUGAACAAACAAUACCUGAAACUGAUGAAGACAAAAUCCUUGAGGAAAAAAUAGCUAUGUCUCUUGCCAAACACUCCUCAUCACCAACAUAUAUAAAAUGUCAAGAGCAACGUCAGCGUCAGUUGAUGACACCAACAAUAUCUCCAGUGCCUCCACCAAGGAAGAAGAAAGAUGUGAAGGCAGCAUUAAUCUUGGACAAUAGACCAUUGUUCACUCCACUUCAGAUGACAGACCCAUCUCAAGCAGUUUCCCAGUCUGAUUUUGACACUGAAAAUAUCCAUGGCAUAAGUGAUCACAACAUGGAACCCAUAAGUAAACCAGUUACACCAACAUCUCAGGCAGUAAAAGAAGAAAGUAUUGAACAAACUAUACCUGAAACAGACGAAGACAAAAAUCUUUGAGGAAAUGAGAGCUAUGUCUCUUG